UUCUAUUUCGUGGAGAAUCGUCACACCCCCAGAGAGGCCAAAGAAAACCUCCGCCAAAUUGCCGCACAAACAGCGCCAAAUCCCAAAAGAUCAGAACUGUAUGCCAUAUGCCAAGAAGCUAUUAGGCGAUCUAAAGGCCGUCGUUAUCCAUUGCCCAACUCCCAAUUCCUCUCCAUUACGUGUAACCCGCCAAAUCUUCCCUCUCAUUUCACCGCCCUCUUUUCAAUCCCUAAUCCUUUCCUCAUGUUUAUCCCAAUACUAAUUCACUUUCUUCACUCUGUUUCUCUCAAUCCGAACUGAAAUUGGAGGAAAUUGUGAACAAGAACUUUCUGGGAGACCGGAAAAGGGUUCGUUAGUUCAAUAUUUGAGUUGGGUUUUCACCGUUCUGUGUUUGUGUGUGUGUGUGUGUGUGUGUGUGUGUGAAUGCAUUUAGUCGUGUGUUGAAUUCUUAAGAAACAAACAAAAGUUUGCUUAUCAGACUUAUCCACUCGCUGUUGUGGUUGCUGUUGAGGGGUUUUAGUGUUGCCAAUCCAAUCACGGACCCCCCCCCCAGUUCCAUAAAGUUCCUUAGAUUUAUCAAUUUCCCUUCAAUCUUUCAACAAAAGCGUUUCUGGGUUUUCGUUCUCGACGUUGAGAGGAUUUUCCCUUUUGGAGAUUUGGAGAUUUUUUGACCGAAGAAUUAUGAUGCGGCGGCAGCAGCGGCGGAAUUCGCAAUCGAGUGUUUUCUACGAGCUUUCUUCUCUUGCCAUGAAUAUUCUCCGAUCGCCUCCGUCGUCAAUCCCGUUUGCCGAUCACUCGCCGGUGGUGCCGACGCAGAUGACCCCGGCGCGGUUUGCGUCGCUUCUUCUAGGGAUGUCUCUGGCUCUGAUGCUCUGUGGAUCGGUUACGUUCUUCAUCGGCUUCAUGAUGAUGCCUUGGGUUAUUGGAUUGGUUAUGUUUUUCUUUGCCGCCGCCGUUGUUUCGAGCCUCUUCAUGAUCGGACGUUCGAUUUUAUACUACGUUACGGCUCAGCCUGCGCCCAGAAAGGACAUCCCAGGACGUUCAGGUCCCAUUCCUUGCUUUUGUGCUCACCAGGCUUUGACAAACAGCGAUGCUCACCAGGCUUUAAAAUUACCUCCAGACGUCCCAAUCCUUUACUAUUAUUAAGCCCACCAAACUUGUCAAGGCUUUAUACUUUACUAUUAGGCCGCCCAAACUUGUCAAGGCGUUGGAAAAGGUCAUUGUGAGAUGUCAAGCUCUUUUAGGCCCACAAGCUUGUCAAGCCAUGGGUUAAGCAUUGGAAAAAGACAUUGCGAGGAUGCCAACCUCUAUUUGGCUUAUACUUUACUGUUAGGGCCACCAAACUUGUUUGCCUCGUAGGGGUGGAGUUCUAUUUUCAUUCACACUCAACAACUUGCUUGUGAACCCAUCAAUAUGCUCGAGCUGCCUAUGCUCUACAACUUCUGAUGAGGAUCGAGUUCAGGGAGUUUUGGUGUAAUAGCCCAAACCCACCGUUAACCGAUAUUAUCCUCUUUGGGUUUUUCCUUCUGAACUUUUCCUCUUAAGGUUUUAAAACGCGUCUGCUAGGGAGAGGUUUCCACACCCUAAUAAAGGAUGUUUCGUUUCACUAUCCAACCUAUGUGGGAUCUCAAAUUUUGAGUUGUUUGUUCUAGUUUGAAAUUGAGUUGAAAAAAUGUAUAUGGCUGCUUCCUAAUCGAGAAUGGUUCAUUGCAUCGCCGUCCUUGGACAUGUAUAUAUACUAGAAUCUUUAGAGAAUGUCAACUUGGUACCAAUAGAAACAGGAAAAAGUUCCUCUUCUGGUCUGCAACUCCGAGUUUUUUGGGCUGUUUAUACUCCUAAAUGGAGUCUAAUUGUCUUCUUUGUUACCUUGUAAGCUGUCUCUAGCAUUUCAUAAUUUCAUUUAAAUGUCUCGAGGGGCAAAACUCAUUGGAACUUUUUUAAGUGACUUCUUAGCCAAGGAGUUAUAUCAAUUGUCAAAACGUUUCUUGCUCGAUCUUGAAGUAAAAGCUGGAUGAUUCAAUGCUGCAUUUUAUUACUUGUCUCUCUGCUUUAUUAGUUAAUACUUAUAAAUGCCUUGCAUUUCAUCGUUGGUAGAGUGAUAGGAGGACUAAGAAGAUUAGCUAGCCUCUCAAUUAUCUCCCUUUCGAAUUAGAUGUUUUAAUCAACAGCUAUCUCGUCUUUCGUUCGUGUUUUUUUGUUUGUAACAAUCAUAACA